UCCGUGGACGCGGACAUGGAGAGCCCCGGAACUGACCGUCCGUCGGAGGUCGAGACUUUGCCGGAAUUUCCCGCUGAAAGUUUUUGCCUUUCAGGGCCGCCCAUCUCUUCCUCCUCCACCUUCUGCUCCAACACCGUUCCCGAGAUGGAGAAAGAAGGAAAAAGUUUGCUUGUUGAUCUUUCUCUCUCUCCCCCAUCCAUGCCCGAGACCGGAACCGCCGCGACGACCGCAGAUCCGAUCCCCACGACGCGGAAUACCCCGGACUCCGCCCGGGAGCACCUGUUCCGCGGCGUCCGGAAGCGGCCCUGGGGCAGAUACGCCGCCGAGAUCCGAGACCCGGGGAAGAAGAGUCGAAUGUGGCUCGGCACCUUCGAUACCGCCGAGGAAGCAGCCCGCGCCUACGACGCGGCCGCCCGCGAGCUCCGCGGCCCCAAGGCCAAGACCAACUUCCCCCUCCACCGGCUCACCGGCUCGCCCCAGGUCGCUUGCCAUCCUUCUCAUUCUGAUCCUGCAAUGAAGAAGGCGGUGUACUCAGCAGAUGAAGCAGCGACUGGCAGAGACGCCGCCUCGGGUAGCAGCGACUGCGACGAUGUGUACCUGAGUUUCAGAGGAGCCGACACUCGCUCUGUAUUCGUGGACUUCCUGUACCAGAGCUUGGUUGAUGCUGGAAUCCGCGUCUUCAUAGACGCCGACGAUGAACUUCGACUCGGCGAUGAAGCUGCCCGGCAUCUUCUGAGAGCAAUCGACGGCGCGAAAAUCUGCAUCCCCAUCUUCUCCAAAAACUACGCUACCAGUACGUGGUAUCUCCGGCAGCUUGCGGCAAUGGUGGAAAGCAAGGUCAAAUCGGGUGGUGGGAAAAUGAUCAUCCCCAUAUUCUACGACGUGGAACCUCGUGAUGUUAGGCUUGAAACCCCUCGGUACCGCGAUGCACUAGUGGGGCUCGAGAGGAUAUUCGGGUUCGAGCAAGUAAGGGCGUGGGAAGGUGCUCUUAAAGAGGUUGCUUCAUUACGCGGAUGGGAAACGGGAUCUAGCAGGCCGUCUCACAUUGUCAGAGAAGUCACAGGAAUCGUGAUCAAUCUGAAGAGGGAUUGGGAUAAUAUCGCAAUGAAGAAGGGGAAGGACUCAGCAGAUGCAGAAGCAAAGGGCGGAGACGUCGCCUUGGGUACCGACUAUGCCGAUGUGUAUUUGAGUUUCAGAGGAGCCGACACUCGCUCUGUGUUCGUCGACUUCCUUUGCCAUAGCUUGGCUGAUGGCGGAAUCUGCUUCUUCAAAGACAACGAAGAUCUUCCACCCGGUGGAGAUAUUGGCCAGGAGCUGCUGAGAGCAAUCGACAGAGCCAAGAUCUACAUCCCCAUCUUCUCCAGAAGCUACGCUUACAGUGCGUGGUGUCUCCGGGAGCUUGCGGCAAUGGUGAAGAACAACGAUAAGUCGGAUGGCAGGAAAACGAUCAUCCCCGUAUUCUACGAUGUGGAACCUCAGGAUGUUAAGCUUAAAACCCGUCUGUACCACGAUGCCCUAUUGGAGCACAGGGUUGGAUACGGGUCCAAGGAAGUAAGUGCGUGGGAAGAAGCUCUUGCAGAGGUUGGUUCAUUACGUGGAUGGGACACGAGAUCUAGCAGGCCGUCUCACAUUAUCAGACAAGUAGUUGAAGAUAUCGUGGUAAUGCUGAAGGAGGUUCGAGAGAAAGACGAAGCAAAAGAACCAGUGGUACUUAUUGGCAACUCAUAUAGGGAGAGCGCACAUGUCGCUAUCGAAUAUCCCGUGGGAGUUAACAGACAAGUGGAGGAAAUGAUGGAUUUACUUGAUUUAGAAGUCAGUGAUGUACGAAUAGUUGGAAUCUGGGGGAAGGGUGGGGUCGGCAAGACGACUCUUGCCAAGGUCAUUUAUGAGCAAAUUUCCUCUCAGUUCGACAGUUGUAGUUUCCUUGCAGAUAUUGGGGCAACAGCGAAACAACUUGGAGGUGUUCGGCUUUUGCAAAGCAAGUUGAUGUCUGAUAUCCUAAACCGAGAAUAUGAAGUUGAUCAAGUUGCGAAAGGAAUCGAUUUUUUUAAAGGAAUAUUACGGAAUUUGAAAGUCCUAAUUGUUCUGGAUGAUGUGGUGGCACGGUCACAUCUCCAUGAAAUUGUUGGAGAGAAGCUUGAUUGGUUUGGUUAUGGAUCUAGGAUAAUUGUCACCACCAGUAUCGUGUCUGUUAUUCCAGAGUUCAUAUCUCGAGGGUUGGCUUAUGUUUACGGUAUCAACGUGAUGAAUAAUGAUCAAGCUCUUGAGCUUUUCAGAAAGCAUGCACUGCGAAGAAAUCUUUCAGUUCCAGCUUUUGAUGAAAUUGCAAAGGGUAUAGUCAACUCUGUGAAUGGGAUCCCAUUACUUAUCGAAGUAAUUGGUUCACUUUUGUCCAGAAAAGUAGUAGAAGAAUGGACUGCACUUAAGGAGCUAAUUUUGCAAUUUGGCCUGGAUAUUGAAAAGAUUUUGAAAGUUAGUUAUGAAGAAUUGAGCAAAGAGCAAAGAGAGAUAUUUCUUGAUAUUGCAUGCCUCCCUGCUGAUGUGGAUUGUCGAAUUGCUUCAUUUAUGUGGCAUAAUCCAAAAUUUCCCCCCUUCGACGGAGUUGCUGCACUCCAUGUCAUGUCCCUGGUAAAAAUUGGAAAAAAUCAUGAACUAGGGAUGCACAGGUUGUUAAGGGAGUUUGGCCAACAAAUCAUACGAAAAGAGGAUGAUCUAGAUCCAGGAACGCGAGGCAGGUUAUGUAAUUUGGAAUUGGCCUGGAAUACAGAGAAGACGGAGGGGACAGGCCACCUCAACUUUGUUGCAGAAGAUUUUAAGGGCAUGCCAAACAUAAGGUUUCUUAUCUUGGAUUGUGCAAAAGUUGCUGGUGAUUUUGCCGAUGUUCUUCCAAAUUUAAAGUGGCUCCAGUGGCAAGGAUGCACCAGAGAUUUUGAAGCUACUAAUUUUCAUGUCGAGAAAUUAGUCGUUCUUGAUCUUUCAUGGAGCAAAGUCACUGAAGAUUGGGGAGGCUGGAGUGAAAUCAAGAUGCCACAGUUAAAAGUCUUGAAUCUUACUGGUUGUGCUGACCUAUUGAUAAGCCCUGACUUGUCCUCUUUCCCAGACUUGGAGAUAUUGAUUCUCGAACGAUGUUCUCGACUAAUCAAGUUAGACCCUUCCAUCCGUCAUCUAAAACGCUUAACUUCCUUAAAUUUGAGGUUCUGCGAUGAACUCAAUAUGUUGCCAAUUGAACUGGGUCACAUGAAAGCUCUCAAGGAGCUCCAUAUUGAUGGGACUUCGGUACAAGAAAUUCCUGUGUCAAUGGGUUACAUGGAGAAACUUGAGGUUUUUAGUGCCUCCAACUGUCUCCAACUAAGUCGCCUGCCUGAUUCAGUUCGUGGCUUGACAGCUCUUUUAGAACUCUCACUGGAAAAAGCAAAAAUUACUCGAAUCCCUGCCUCAGUUGAAAAGCUGGGGAAACUUCGGAUCCUGUCUCUGAAGGAUUGUCGUUGGAUAGGAAGACUUUCGGAUUCAAUUUGCAAUUUGGGAAACUCAUUAGAGGAGUUGGAUAUAACAGGGACAGGCAUAUCUGAAUUGCCCAAUUUAAUUACUUGCUUGGGGCGUUUAAAAGUGUUAAAAAUGGAUUCUUGCUUCAUUGGAGAAUUGCCUAGAGAAAUUGGAAAUUUGGUCAACCUUGAAGAGUUACAUGCUUCCCAUUGUAGGAGUUUGAAGGGAGCCGUUCCAACUGCUAUUAAGAGUCUAGAUCGUCUGAGGAUACUGAGAUUGGGACAUUCCAGUAUUUCUGGCAUUCCUUCGGAAAUUGGAAGUCUUUCUUGUCUUCAGACUCUUGAUUUACUUUGGUGCAACGAGAUUCAAGCGCUGCCGGAGCUUCCCUCCAGUUUAACUUGUCUACGUGUGAGUUCUGAAAGGAUGGAGGCCUUGCCAGAUCUGAAAGAUUUAGUGAAGUUGGAGGAGAUAUGUCUGGGUGAUAAAGAUCCUAAGGAACUCAUACAUCCCUCAACACGGAUGGAGCCAAAAUCCAGAUCGAAUGAUCUCUUAGUUGUGCCCAUAGUACUUCCAAAACUGAAGAUGUUAGAGUUGUCUCAUUCUCGAGUCAGUGAACUGCAACUUGGACAUGGUUCCCUUUCAUGUACACAUCUUAAGAAGCUAGUUCUAUCUGGUGUGAAUCUUGAAAAUGUGCCGGAACUUCCCUCGUCAUUGUCCGUUUUAUCUAUUCGACGAUGUUCAUCUUGGAGACAAUUGCCAGCAGUUCACCAUCUGAAAAAACUAUCAGAACUAAAUCUCAUUGAAUCUGCGGUAGAAGAGAUUAAGGGGCUUCAAGGACUAAUUGCUCUGGAAAUCUUGAAUAUAACGCGCUGUGAAAUACGUAAUCUCACUGGGCUUGGCCAAUUAACAGAUUUACGAAGUUUGAUUUUGUCGGACUGUGAUUCACUUGGUGGAUUGCCCAAUAUAUCAAACUUGAAGAUGUUGAAUGUCCUAGUUGUCCAAAGAUGCAGGAUGAUUUCUGAUAUUGAAGGCCUCAUGGAGUUAACCUCCUUGGAAGUGCUGCAUGUUAGUGAAUGCGAGGCAGAAAGCACACAGCAAGUACAGGAUGCAUUAAAGCUCGCGAUGGAGCGUUCAAUAAACAGUUGAGGUCCUGUGCUCCUGGAGUGGACAUUCAGUUAUUUACGUGGCUCUUCGGACACAAUCAAAACCAUACAGCUGUGGAGGGUGACAUCAUUGAAGUCCACUGCAAAAUUGAGUGGCAAACUGGUGCCACAGUUGCUGGAGCUGCAAUUUGAAAAUUUGACACCAAUAGUUUUUUGAGUCCUCCAUCUAUCAAAAGUGGAACCAAGUGCCAUAAACAAGCGUCCUUGCACGACCUCUCAGGUCAUCAGAUCCUCAUAUUCCUUCCUCUCUCACCAAUCCAUCCAGUCUUUCUCAUUCAACUGGCGACUUAGUCAUUUCCUGUAAAUUUGGAUUGAUCUAACUCCAAAGAUAUCUGGAUAAUCUGGAGGCACUGCAAGGAAUUUUCUUGUCUCAAAGGCAUCUCCAAUUCUUAGACGGUAUACAUAAGCACAAUUUAGGGGCACGGUUGGUAGCUCUCACAUGUGAACGAACCCCCCACACAGCUGGUUGUCUGGCAUGUCAUGCAGGAGAUGUAGAUACAAUUACUGCAUUAUACUGCAUUUAGUGCAAGACAUGCUUGGGCAAGGUAACAAUACCGAAUGAGAGAUUUAUCAUCACAAAUAGGUGUCUAUAGUACCCAAAUUUACAAUUCAUUUGACUGUAAGAAGUUCACCUCUUUUGCUCAAGCUCAGAGAGUAGUUAAGGAAAGCACCCAUUUACCGAUGUUUUACUCCUCACCUGCGGAGAAAGACUAUGAGCCUUGUAUGUUUCAUACAGACUCUUCUUCAUGGAAUUGUUUCUUAGGUUCAGAUUAAUCUGAGAGGCAACACUAUACAGAUUUUAGUCUUUAAACUAGCCCAGAGUGCAUGAGUUUAUUACAGUUGGGGAACUCGAAAUCAUCAGUUCCAUUGUCCUGGGACUCACAUUUGUAUCGAGAACAUUUCAAUUGUUUUCUUGCUGAUGUAAUGCGUAUGACACACCCCAGAUGACAUGGAUGCCCCUCUACUCAAAUGAAAGCAUCCUCACAAUAACUACCAAGAGGGACAUUUAUCUCAAAACAGAUGGCACAGAGGGCAAGCUGGUUAGAAAGGAUCCAGUAAUGAUUGUAAGUGGUUAUUGAUUUGGGCUUCUUAUUUCAUCUUGGUUUAAGAUCAUAAAUAGGUUGUUUUUAGGUAAUGUUUGUUCAGCUUGAGCUUUAUGAGUUGGUAUUGGACAUCAGUGCACAGUAUUGUUGA